UCAGAUUAAACUUAAAUUUGCUCCGAUACGUAACAAACUAUCACCAUGUCUUUUUUUGCAAUUCUUCUAAAUAGUGGUGCGACUAGUGAGGGAGUUGAUAUACUGGAUAACACCACAGAAGGUCCAUGGAUUGAAGUUGCUCAGCAAGUUGAGGAUACCGCGUUAUACGUUAUACUCUUUUGGAACGUACUGUGUCUGCUUACAGUUAUUCUUUCUGUCCUACUUUAUUUUUACAUCAUCCAUCCAAAACCGGUUUAUAUUAAAAAUGACAAGAAAGCUCCUGUGGACAGCAAGAAAGACCAGAGGAAAAUAAAAAACAUUUUAAAAAUUGGCGAACAACCGGAUAUAUACGUUGUGCAUCUUUCAGGUCCACUAAGUGACAAGAAAAAUGGGUGAAUUUGAUAUCUGAUGAAGAACUACUAGUCGUGGCCCGUGGGUUAGUUAUAGAUACAUCGUAGCCGUAGUAAUUUUUAUUGGGUAUAAUCUAUUUUAAACUGUUUUCAAAGUGUAACUGAUAUAAUCAAUAAAUGUAGUUUCAUUACUGGCGAUAAUGAUUGUGAGGAUGUGUUAGAUUUCAAUGCCUAUUUAUACAAGGCUCAGUAUUACGGACGUCGAUAA